AUGGCAACCUUCUAUGAAGAGCUUGGAGUGGAACCCGACAUUGAUCAGACAGAGUUGAAAAAGGUGCUGAGAAAGAAGGCUUUGGAGUACCAUCCCGACAAACAUGCAAAGGAGGAGAACGAGAAAUGGACUGAGAAGUUUCAGCAUUUCCAGCAAAUGAUGGAGACCCUUCAGGAUCAGAGGAGCCGCCGUGUGUACGAUGAGAUCCAUCUUAGGCUCGAGCGCACAGCUCGCGUUUUGAUUUUGAUGGACAUGAAUGGGAGCUUGCUUUGCAAGCUUGGGAAGCAUGGCAAGGAUGGUCGACCAGGGCAACGAGCUGGCCUGCCGGACUUCAAAGACAAGAACAACCGCUUCUGGAUCCGACCACAUGCGGCGGAAUUCUUGGAAGCCAUGCUGAAGCCACAAUCAAAGAUUGCUUUUGCCAUCUACACCAGCAGGCAGAUGCAGAAUGCGGCGCCGCAGGUGAUGAUGCUCUUUGAUAGGCUUGGACUUCGUUCUUUGCAGAAGAACCUCUUCGCAAUCUUCGCAGGUGAUGACUUCUCUGUGCCUGAUCCCGAUGCAGGGCCAUACAAAUCCAAGCGAAGCCUUCCAAGGAUCUGGAGCGGCCGGGCGUGUGCAGCUCGGGGUGUGAAGUUUGACAUGUGCAAUACGGUCAAUUUAGACAAUGAAGUCACCAAGCUUCGAGAACACAUGGCCAACGGACUGGUGGUGCCCACCUUUGGACCAGCAGAACUUGGCAAAGAAGAUGAUACCUUGCUGGAUCUAAAAGACUAUGUGACUCGCUUGGCCAAGGAAUGUCAUGGUGAUGUCCGUGAGUAUAUGAAGCUUUUUCCUUUCCGUGGUGGAAGCUCUUUGAUGCGGGCGCUCCCUCCAUUGUCCGUCUUCCUUGAUGAAGUGCCAGAAGUGGACGAGGUGACCAAGGGCCUUGCCAAAAUCGAUCUUGGUGCGAAACGAAGCGAGAAGCGUCGUCGCUUGCACGAGUACGAUGCCGGACAUGAGGAGCCCAGGUCCUCUUCCGAGGGUCCUGUGCAGCCAGGAGCCAUGAACCGUUCGUUCCUUGGAGGUGAGUCGCUACCUCGCCACGCCGGACCUCCACCGAAGUCGCCCCCUCGACCGGAGACGGUGGGUUCUGCUCUACCACAGGUCUCGCCCUCGCCAGUGCCGCAGCCUCCGAUGGACGGAGGCGUGGUUCGUCUCCACCUAGCUGAUCAGCUGCCCGCGCCCCACGCGACCGGGCAGCACGUGCCGUCUACGCAGGCUCAGGCGGAGGCCGCGCCGCAUGGAGCGCACGUGGACUUCGCCUCGGCCGCGGCGAUCGGCAUCGCGGCAGCCGUGACGGCGCUCACGUGGCAAAGGCAGACGACAUGGCCUUGCGACAUGCUUUGCGAUUCCAGUAUGAUGUAUGUGCCACACGUGGAAGCGGCGAACCCCAUGUGCGAUCCUCGCUUCAUGGCGCAGCCGCCCAUGAUGCCAUCCAGCGCGGCACCAGAGACACCGUUGCGUCCACAGCGCGGGCCGGUGCACAUGGACGAUGGCGAGACACCGCCGCCGGUGUGCCCUUUCUGGACGCAGGCGGCUGAGACCUUCGUGCCGGCUUCGGGACCGACUCUGGGAGCUGUCUCGGAGGAGUGUGAGCGAGGGACCAAGCUGACCUAUGAGGAGAGAAUUUGCACUGUUUCCGAGGGACCGGAAGAAUUUCAGAUACUGAGAAGAUGCGCUUUCACCGACCCGGAAGAGCCAGCUGACCAUCCCAAAGGAACCGAUGACGCCUAUGACCCCGCCGCGUACCUCUCGAGUCCCUUGCAGUCCAUCGUCCGUGAUCCAAACGCCCUGCCCGGGCUGGGUGGUGGAAACACCUUCGCCCACCAGUUGGAUGUCAAGAGCAGACUUCGUCUCCAGAGAUGUCAUGACGAAGAAGAUCCAGGUCUUGUUUUUCCUGCGUUUUCCGUGGUCUUUUGCGGGCAUUUGCUGCGUCAAACCGUGCGCGGCAUGUCUCGGCUCAAGCUGGGUUUAGAGGCACAAGCUGUUGAGCUAAAAGGCUCAAGGCCAAUGACAGAGGCGUCCUUCGGGGCCUUGAAGAAGAGCGCGGACGCGUUGAAGUCGACGCACCUGAGAGACUUGUUGAAAGAUGAAGCCAGGUGUGAUGCGAUGAUGGUGGAGGCUGAGGGCAUUUGCCUCGACUACUGCAGACAAAAAGUCACUCAGGAGUGCAUGACUCAGCUCUUCGACCUGGCCAAGGUUCCUCCAACUGAACUGGCUGGAACCGUUUCUCAGACCUUCCCAUGUGCGAAGGCAGCAGGUGUCGAAGAAAAGAAAAAGGCGCUCUUCGCCGGAGAAAAGAUCAACCAGACGGAGGGCCGGGCAGUUUUGCACGUCGCCCUGCGGGCCCCUCCCCAGGAGGUGAUCAACGUUGAUGGGAAGAACGUGGUGCCUGAGGUGCACUCAGUCCUGGAUGCGAUCAAGGCCUUCAGCGAGAAGGUCCGCAGUGGCAGCUUUGUGGGCCACACAGGCAAGACGCUCACGGACGUGCUUUGCAUCGGAAUCGGUGGCUCCUACCUGGGUGUGGAGUUCGUCCAUGAAGCACUGCGCACCGACCCAGCAGGGGCGCAGGCCGCGCAGGGGCGCUCCUUGCGGUUCUUGGCCAAUGUGGAUCCCAUCGACGUGAAACGCGCGCUGACCGGGCUUAAUGCUGAGACGACCUUGGUUGUGGUGAUCUCCAAAACGUUCACUACGGCAGAGACCAUGCUGAAUGCACGGACUGUAAAGGAUUGGCUUCUGAAGGAGCUCAAGAGCGAAGCCGCCAUCGCCAAGCACGUCAUCGCUUGCUCCACCGCCCUAGCACCUCAGCUACCGACUCGACCGUCGGAGUACCGGGAGAGAUUGGGCAGUGAAGGCGACAAGACCAAGGCCUUUGGUAUUGACUCGGACAAUGUCUUUGGCUUUUGGGACUGGGUCGGGGGUCGGUUCUCUGUGUGCAGCGCGGUGGGUGUGGUGCCUCUCUCCUUACAGUAUGGCUUCGAUGUGGUGAAGAAGUUCUUGGACGGUGCACGGGCGAUGGACUUGCAUUUUAAAGAUGCGCCCUUGGACCGGAAUUUACCCACACUCUUGGGUCUUCUUUCUGUAUGGAACGCUUCCUGUAUGGGAUAUGAGGGCUGCGCCGUGCUCCCGUAUUGCCAGGCGUUGGUGCGCUUUGUCGCCCACAUUCAGCAGUUGGACAUGGAGAGCAACGGCAAGCGAGUUCAAAUGGACGGCAAAGAGUGCACCAUUCCGACGGGCGCCAUCUAUUUCGGUGAGCCGGGCACCAAUGGACAACACUCCUUCUACCAGCUGAUGCAUCAAGGGCGCGUGAUUCCAGCGGACUUCAUCGGCUUCAAGGUGUCCCAGAAUCCCAUCAGCUUGGAUGGUGAGCCCGUCUCCAAUCAUGAUGAGCUCAUGUCCAACUUCUUCGCGCAACCAGAUGCCUUGGCCCUGGGCAAGACCGCCGAGGAGCUCAAGGCCUGGUCUCGGCCCGGCCUUUUUCAGGCUGAGAAGGUGCCGGAGAACUUGGUCCCGCACAAGGUGUUCACCGGAGAUCGACCGUCCAAUUCGCUGCUGCUGCCCAUCUGUGAUCCGUACAAUCUCGGGCUUUUGUUGUCCCUCUACGAGCACCGUACUGCAGUGCAAGGAUGGGUGUGGAAUGUGAACAGUUUCGAUCAAUGGGGCGUGGAGCUGGGGAAGGUCUUGGGAGUGAAGGUCCGAAAGUUCCUCUCCACCGCUCGUUCAGGUGGCGGAGAUAUGUCAGGCUUCCAGAAGCCGACGCAGAAGCUGAUGAGUGCCAUGCUGAGCACACCUUCUGGAGCUAGUGACAGGAUUGUGAUGCUGAAGGCGCGCGAGAUCUUUGAUUCACGUGGCAAUCCCACCGUCGAGGUGGACUUGUGUACCGAGAACUGCCUCUUCCGGGCCGCUGUGCCCUCCGGCGCCUCCACGGGCAUCUACGAGGCCUUGGAGCUCCGAGAUGCAGACAAAAACCGCUUGCUGGGCAAAGGUGUCCUGAAAGCGGUGGCCAACAUCAACAGCGUAAUCGCGCCAAAGCUGAUGGGAAUGAAGGUCACCGAGCAAGCGACCUUGGACAAGCUCAUGGUCGAAGAGAUGGAUGGCAGCAAAAACGAAUGGGGAUGGUCUAAGUCCAAGCUUGGUGCCAAUGCGAUCCUAGCAGUGUCGAUGGCCAUUUGCCGUGCGGGGGCCGCGGUGGAAGAAGUACCCCUCUACCAGUACAUUGCGAAGUUGGCGGGCAAGCCCACGGAGGAGUUUGUGAUGCCCGUGCCCUCCUUUAAUGUGAUCAAUGGUGGAAGCCAUGCGGGGAAUCGCUUGGCCUGUCAAGAGUUCAUGAUCCUCCCUACAGGUGCGACCUCCUUUCGGAACGCCAUGGAGAUUGGUGCGGAGGUUUAUCACAACCUGAAGAGUGUGAUCAAAAAGAAGUAUGGCCAGGAUGCCUGCAACGUGGGAGAUGAGGGAGGCUUUGCCCCGAACGUGCAAGACAACAACGAAGCCCUCGAUGUGCUGAUGGAGGCCAUUAAGAAGUCGGGCCACGAGGGCAAGGUGCAGAUCGGCACCGACGUGGCGGCCUCCGAAUUCUGGAAGCCAGAGCUCAAGAAGUACGACUUGGAUUUUAAGAAUGAGAGUGGAAGCAGCGCUGGGAUGCAGAAGACUGCUGAGGAGAUGAUAGACUACUACAAGGCGUGGUUCUCCUCCUAUCCCUUCGUGUCCAUCGAGGACCCCUUCGACCAAGAUGACUGGGACGCCUACUCCAAGUUCAACGCGGCGGUGGGCGAUCAAGUGCAGAUCGUGGGAGAUGACCUGCUGGUCACAAACCCCACGAGGGUGCGAAAAGCCUUGGACUGCAAAGCUUGCAACGCUUUGCUCCUCAAGGGGCGUUUUCUGGCGACGUGGAGCACGAUGUGGAACACCCCUCGAGGUGCCCCCAAGGCCAAGCUCACCGGACGUGGCGCACACCGUGGCAGCGCGGGCGGGCCCGCACAGCCGAAGGUCGAUGCAGCCUGCCAGACGGAGAUCCUGUCGACGCAGAAGACGGACCCUCACGAGGGUGAUGAGGGCAGCCCGCCCAUGCACUCGAGGGCAAUGGAGUCAGGUGGAAGCCCGGGCUCUGACGACCCCAACACGCCGGACAGGGCUCGACGCCUGUCGCAGGAGAGCUCCUUGGAUCCUUCCACCUGGCCAGUCUUUGGAAUGACCAACGAUGGCUUCGGGAUCACAACAAAGGAGGGUCACCUGGAUGUGGAAAAGUCUGCCUCCUUUGGUUUCCACCGACCAGAGAACGCCUCAGCGUUGGAGUCCAUCUUGGAGGGAAAGGUGUCCGAGUCACGGAUUCGCAGCGAGCUUGAAGAGGCGCUGCAGAAAGCGCACGAGGAGAACGAGUCCCUCCGACAGCUGUGCGGGGACUUCAUCGUCUGGGCCCAUCACCUGGAGGAAGGAACUGAAGCACUCGAGGAGCCGAGUGAGAGCUUGGGGCACGAGCACCUGAUCUGCGAGGCGAGGCGCUGCUUGGAGCUGGCACGCGAGCGCUUGGAACUCCGUGAACAGCUGAAGGAGGUGGUGGAGGGCCAGCUGAAAGCUCUUCGCUUGGGCCACGAGAUGAUGAAACUCGAGGCGAAGGCGAUGCGACGCUGUUUGGACAAGAGUGGCGUGCUGCCGGCGGUGGAGGUGGAAGAAGAGCUCCGCCGCAGCGGCGCUCAAGUCAUCGAAGCUCGCGGCGUCUCGCGCUCCGAGACUCUGACGACCGCGCAUUCCGCUCGAAGUUCGACGAGCCGCUCCCCUGCGCCCCGUGCCGCUUCCGGCAGCCGGAGUGGCAGUCAAGGAGCCCCGCGCGGGCGUAGUCCCCCCGCCCGCAAGACGGGGGCGGGAGUCAUGCGGACGAAGGAAGUGCCAGUGCCUACAGCUGUGGAUGGGCCUGGCGCUGUGGUGCGGCGUGGUGGGGAGUUCCAGAAUCUCUUCCAGGCAGCUUUGAAGGAUACAAGUCCUACACAACAAGCCUUGCGUUCCUUGCAGGCCUUGCUACGUGUGGAACCCUUGGGCUUCCAAGACUAUGUGGACCCGGGCAGUGCCAAUGGCUCUGCCUUGAGUGCGGCAGUUCGGAGUGGCAAAGUGGAAGUGGUGAAGGUCUUGCUGAAAGCGAAGGCAGAUUGCAAUGAUCGAGAUGAUAAGGGCGUGAGCCCCCUGCAUCUCGCCGCCUUUGAUGGCCACUCAGAGCUUUGUCAACGGCUCCUGGUCGCCCGGGCGGACCUGGACGCCUGCGAUCGUCAUGGCCAGACCCCUCUCUUUUUCGCACCUGAUAAGGAGGUGUGUCGGCUCUUGGUGGAGCGGAAAGCGGAUUUGCAGAUCCUGAACCGCCGGGGGCAGUCGGCCCUGCACAUGGCGGGCCGCGCUGGGCUUCAUGAGGUCUUGAACUGGCUGUCGCCCAGGGUGAGCCAGGCACUCUGUGAGCUGAAGGAUGCUCAUGGUUUGACGGCCAAGACCUAUGCGAAGAUGUCCGGCGUGCCACAGUCCGUGCCAACACCGCUCCCAGUCCAAAGCCCCAGCCUCAGCCGCACGAAAGGCCGGAGCAGCACCCCGCGAGGCAGCGGCCAUGCUGCGGCCGCAGCCACGAGCGCUUCUGCCGUGGCCAGGAGGAAGGGUGCGGUGACACCGCCAAGGAGUGGAAGUGUGAAGAGCUUGGGCAGUGCCCGGAGCAAUGGAAGAACAAGUCCAACCACGAGCCCCACGGCUGUAUCUCAUGCCUUUGACUUCUUCGAGGUGGCACCAAGCCCGUCGCACUCUCCGAAGCGCCGCCCCCCCGCGGUGCCCGCGGCGCCCGCCGUGCCCGCGGCGCCCGCGCCGCCCGCGGUGCCCGCGGCCGUGAGCCCUGAGGGGCGGCGGCAAUUGCCCUCGGUCUCCACCUUGGUGGCUGCGGCCCCCGAGCCGACCGCCUCGACAACCUGGAGAAGCUCCAGAGACUGCGGGCCAUCCAUGCUGAGCGGCUCGAGUCGGAGCGACGGUCCCAAGGACGGUCUCCAAGCGGCUGAGCGAUCGGUGGUUCCCCUGGAGGAGGAGCUUGAUGAGUGCUGGUGA